AGCGUAAAAUUAUGUUCAGUCCCCUGGCUAUUCAAAAUGGCGUUCUCCGCAGACGAGUUGCACGAGUUGCAGAAAAUUGGAAAAAGGAAAAGAACUUCAAGCCUUGGUUCCUUUACAACAUCAUGUGACGAACAUGAAGAACUUGACCCAGGUGAACAAAGAGUUGAAGAUGUCACCAUCCAAUUUUUUUACAAGCCAAGGACUAUGACUCUACUCUGUGGAAUACUAAUUUUUAUGUUGUAUUUUGCAUUUGCCAGAGAUGCAGAUCAAAACCAACAUGACAAUUUCUGGCAUGGCUCACUUGCUGUUUUUGUGGUAUUCAUGUUGUUGAGUUUGUUAAUAUGCCCAAAUGGUCCCUUUGUGCGACCACAUCCUGCUGUAUGGCGAUUGGUGCUUGGAGCAAGUAUUGUGUAUACAUUAUGUUUGACAUAUGCACUGUUUCAAAGUUACAAGGACAUCAUUGCCAUGCUUCACUAUUUUGAUCCUAGUUUAAAAGAUGCCAAACCAGACACUGAGAAUUUGGAUAGUGCUGAGAAAAAUGCCAAAACCUGUCGAAGUCCUUGCCAAGGCUUGUCAGUGCUUUUGCCAGUAUCUUCGCAUUUUUUUCUGGUGUAUGCUGAGGACUGCUCAUUUCAAGUUGUGUGGUCUCGCUUAGAUAUUUUUGUUGUAGCCCACUUUCUUGGAUGGGCAGUGAAGGCUUUAAUGUUAAGACAUGCUGGACUGCUGUGGUUAUUAAGCAUCAUGUGGGAAUUUACAGAGAUUGCUUUCUCACAUCUUUUGGAAAAUUUUAAAGAAUGUUGGUGGGAUUCGAUUAUACUUGAUGUUGUUAUAUGCAAUGGUUUGGGUAUUCAUUUCGGUUUGUACCUCUGUAAAAAAUUGGAAAUGAGGGAAUAUCGUUGGGAAAGUAUAAAAGAUAUUCAGGGAGCUUCCAAGAAAAUUAGAAGAGCUGUGUUACAGUUUACGCCUGUGAGCUGGACAGAAGUACGAUGGUUCGACCCGAAAUGCAUAAAGAUGAGAUAUACGUCACUAUGUUUGCUAUGUAUCAUCUGGCAGAUUUCAGAGUUAAACACGUUCUUCUUGAAGCAUGUGUUUGUUCUUCCCACUGGUCAUUAUCUCAAUGUUGGACGUGUUGUUCUAAUCAGUUUAGUUGUUAUGCCUACCCUCAGGCAGUUUUACUUAUAUGUAACAGACACUAGAUGUAAAAGAAUUGGUACCCAAUGUUGGAUGUUUGUUUGUAUCACCUUCUUCGAAGCUAUUUUAUCUGUGCGCCAUGCCAAGGAAUUGUUUUCCAUGACCGAAUUUACAAAAGUGGCUAUCUGGAUUGUCUUUCAAAUGUUCCUGUGUUUUUUAUUGAUUUAUUAUCUUGUUAUAUGGCGUGAAAAGAAGUCAGCUAAAAAGGACUAUCCUGUGGAAUUAAAAAAACAAUCGACGAAUACUUACAAUCUUCGUUUUAAAGAAGACACGAUGAGUCAAGAUUAUGAUGGAGAUGCAGAAGAGAAUUUUGAGAAGCUGAGAAAAAGAAAACCGCUCCACAGAGCAGCCAAAGCAAAACGCUAAAAUCAUCAAACUUUUGUAUGCCGUUGGAUAAACACGUUGGCUACAGCACAGCAGCACUCUCCCUUGUAGAUCUUCUGUAGUUUUGUAAAAGAUAUUUGAAAUGUAAUAAAUGGUAUACGAAAAAAAACACUACGAAAAAGUGUUUUAAAGAUUUUUUAAAAUAUCACACCUUUCAAGCAUACUCAUAAUGAUGGUGAUACUUUUCACACUUCCGACGCGAUGAAUAUUCAGAAUCCCUUGUCCCUUUAAAUUUUAUUAUUCGCAAAGACGUGACUGAGAAUACCAUAGAAAUAGAACUUUCUAAGUCAUUUAACAUUUUUCUGUGACUUGUGUUGUUGUUUUUUUCAGAUGUAAGAUCUUUUCGGAAAGGAAAUAUAAUUUAUUUUUAAAAGUUAUACUCAAGAGGAUGAUAAGUGUAAAACAUUCACUCUUAACUCUUCAAUAUUCCCCUUCGAAAAAUAAAUAAAUAGUUUCACCAUUGGGAACAUCGUCGUUUUUUUAGUAUAAAUGGCUAAUAAUAAAAAAAUCGAUUUUUUGAUACAAUAAAGGUAUACUGUCACCUUAACCAUAAUCUUAUUAACCACAAGUAAUACUUGUCUUUGUUUCACUCUGUUUUUACUGUGCUGUAGAAUUGGUUUUUAAUGAACAGUUUUCGGAAGUGUCUAAUCUUGUGUAGCAAGCAU